CAGCCACCAACACACAGCGCCGCGAGCCAAUAAAGCGUGAACCCGUCCGUCCGGCUCGCACUUUAAGACUUCCCGAGCGGCCGCGGGGACGCCAGUUGAGCGGGGAGACGCUUACCUGCCGCUUCCCCCGCCGCCCGGUGCACCUGGCCGCAAGGGACCUGGUUCACAGGGAGGACGACCACACUCCGCGUUGUUGGAACAGGCGCGCGCGGUCCGCGCUCAGACCGUCCCGGAACGUGGGGGCGCCUUAGCGACUCCUUCCCUGCUGUGCCCCAUUCCCGGCGACCAGCCCGGCCCCGCAAAGGUGGGACGGCUCCCGGCUUCAGUUACGGAAGCGGCCGGUGCCCAGCGACAAGAGUUCGAAAAUGCCCCGCGCGUUCCUGGUGAAGAAGCCGUGCGUCUCCACAUGCAAGAGGAACUGGAGCGAGCUCCCCGACGAGGAGCGCGGCGAGAUCUACGUGCCAGUCAGCCUGGGCUUCUGCCCACCACAGCCAUACCGGGAGCCAGAACCCUCCGUGGCCGAACCCCCUUCCUGCCCCCUGGCUUUGAACAUGAGCCUUCGAGAUUCCAGCUACAGUGUGGCCCCUGGGCCCUGUGUGGUGGCCCAGCUGCCCUCUGAAGACAUGGGCCACUUGACAGACCCCCAGAGCAGAGACCAUGGCUUCCUACGCACCAAGAUGAAGGUGACCCUUGGGGACAGUCCCAGUGGAGACCUGUUCACCUGCCACAUCUGCCAGAAGGCGUUCACCUACCAGCGCAUGCUGAACCGCCACAUGAAGUGUCACAACGAUGUCAAGAGGCACCUCUGCACGUACUGUGGGAAGGGCUUCAACGACACCUUUGACCUCAAGAGGCACGUCCGAACUCACACUGGCGUGCGGCCCUACAAGUGCAGCCUGUGUGACAAGGCCUUCACACAGCGCUGCUCUCUGGAGUCGCACCUCAAGAAGAUCCAUGGUGUGCAGCAGAAGUACGCGUACAAAGAGCGGCGGGCCAAGCUGUACGUGUGUGAGGAGUGCGGCUGCACGUCCGAGAGCCAGGAGGGCCACAUCCUGCACCUGAAGGAGCACCACCCUGACAGCCCGUUGCUGCGCAAAACCUCCAAGAAGGUGGCCGUGGCCCUGCAGAACACUGUCACUUCCCUGCUGCAGGGCAGCCCCCACCUGUGAGUGGCCCGAGCUCCCGGGGUGCUCCCAGAGGCCCCGAGAGGGUCCAGGGUCGCCUCCCAGUUGCCUGGCCAGCCCACCCUCCUGCGGCCUCUUGACCAAACACCAGUGAUGAGGACUGGAGCCCCCAAUACCUUGGUCUUGCCCCUGGGCACAUGUGUUCACUCAGGCCCAGCAAUGAUCUCUGUUCAUUUUUGCAGUUUUGACUUAUGGGCCAAGGCUGCUCUGAGCCUGGGAAGAUGUGCGUAUGUCUAGAGAAGGGAUGAGGCCAAGGCUGGCUUCGAUUAGAAGCAGCCGCCCACAGGGACAGGCACUGUGUGCCUGGCAGCAGGACUUCCCACCCAGAGGAGGUGUGAGCAGGGCUCCCACUGCCCCGCCUCUCCGCACAGGGCAGGGGCUGCAGGCCUCCGGUGGACAGCAGAGCAAAAAGCACUGGCAAAGGGCACCCCUGCAAACACCUGCAGGGGGGGCUGGCCGCGGCCCCACACCCGGCAGGACUUCUAAUGCUCAGGGUUCUGGAGGGCACUGUCCUUCCGGCAAGGAGAGGCACACGUGUGCCCAGCCGUGUGUGUGUGCGUGCACUGCCUUUCCACAUAUCACCUCAUUUCUAAGAAAUAAACUGCAAGGUGCCAAGAA